UAUGUAUGUAUGUAUGUAUGUAUACACACAUGUCCGUAUGAUUUUAUAGUCUCGUGUCUUUCCAGUUUCUCGCGGCAAAAUCCGCUGAUGCCCUCCACCUGUUUAAUCGGAUCCCUCGUCUAAAAAGCUAAAAGUUAUGUUUUUUCCCGGAAACCCAUCACGCCCUCUAUCAUUCGCGAAGCAGAGACUGUAGCAAAACCGCUGCUCCGUACAAUUUCACUGCUCCUGGGACAGGGUAUCUCCUUGUUUUCGCGUCCGAGUAGUUUUUUACGAGAUUCGAGGCCUUGGGUCGUCGAGAAAAUCCAUUUUCCGGCGACGCUUUGCUCUUUUGUUGCUCUGUUCCAGGCGCCGCCAUGGGUUCUCUCGGAAGUAAUCAGCCAAAGAUCGUAAAGGGUACUGCCGGUUAUGUUCUCGAGGACGUUCCCCACCUCGUCGAUUACCUUCCCAGUCUUCCUACAUAUCCCAAUCCCUUGCAAGACAACCCUGCGUAUUCAGUGGUCAAGCAAUACUUUGUCGAUGCGGAUGACAGUGUCCCUCAGAAGAUCGUUGUUCACCACGAUAGUGCAAGAGGAGUACAUUUCCGACGAGCCGGGCCACGCCAGAAGGUGUACUUUGAAUCCGAUGAAGUCCAUGCUUGCAUUGUUACGUGUGGGGGUCUAUGCCCAGGCCUCAACACUGUGAUUAGAGAAUUAGUUUGUGGAUUAUCAUACAUGUAUGGUGUGAAGAAAAUUCUCGGAAUCGAUGGUGGAUACAGAGGAUUUUAUGCUAAGAACACUAUCCCCUUGAACUCUAAAUUCGUUAACGAUAUCCAUAAACGCGGAGGAACUAUCCUCGGGACCUCACGAGGUGGGCACGAUACCACAAAGAUAGUUGACAGCAUUCAGGAUCGAGGAAUUAACCAGGUUUACAUCAUUGGAGGAGACGGAACACAACGAGGAGCAUCUGUAAUAUUCGAGGAAGUAAGAAGACGUGGACUGAAAGUUUCAGUUGUUGGAAUCCCGAAAACGAUUGAUAAUGACAUACCGGUGAUAGAUAAAUCAUUCGGGUUUGACACCGCUGUGGAGGAAGCUCAACGUGCGAUUAACGCAGCACAUGUUGAAGCCGAGAGUAUCGAGAACGGUAUCGGUCUUGUGAAGCUUAUGGGUCGAUACAGCGGGUUCAUAGCUAUGUAUGCUACACUUGCAAGCAGAGAUGUGGAUUGUUGUCUGAUUCCGGAGUCGCCCUUUUACCUCGAAGGAGAGGGCGGACUCUUUGAGUUUGUCGAGAGACGGUUAAAGGAGAAUGGACAUAUGGUGAUUGUCAUAGCUGAAGGGGCAGGACAGGAGUUAAUGUUGGAAUCUACGACUCUGAAAGAUGCAUCCGGAAACAAACUUCUCAAAGAUGUCGGUCUCUGGUUAUUUCAGAGCAUCAAGGAUCAUUUUUCGGCGAAGAAGGCAACGAUCAACCUCAAGUACAUAGAUCCAACGUACAUGAUCCGAGCUGUUCCUAGCAAUGCAUCGGACAACGUUUACUGUACACUCCUGGCUCAGAGCGCGGUCCAUGGUGCCAUGGCUGGAUACACUGGUUUCACCAGUGGUCUCGUCAAUGGCAGACAAACCUAUAUUCCCUUCUACAGAAUAACAGAGAAACAGAACAAGGUGGUGAUUACGGACAGGAUGUGGGCGAGGCUGUUGUCUUCGACGAACCAGCCCAGUUUCUUGAGCCCCAAGGAUGUCUCCGAUGAGAAGAAAGAUGACUCGAAAUCGCUUUCCGGCGACUCAGAUUCCCAACGGCAGUAACUGCGGCGGAGUUUCCGGUGACCGAAGAAAUUGCUCGGUGAAAAACAAUCCACUUGACUUUCUGCAUACGCGAGUUGUUUACGUUAGGCAAAUAGAGAAAUAACGAGAUUUGACGAUUUUGCCCUUCCGUUUGGGGGAAAGUACUUGGUUUUUAGAUGUCUGCUUUUGUAAUUCUAUAUGUUACCUCGGCGUGGCGGCGGCGGCUGAUGAUAUAAAUUUAUUUCAAAGUGUUUUUUCUGUGUU